CAAGAAGUUCCGCUGAACUUACGGCAGCCCAGUUCCGGUUCAGACCUUUCCCGGUCCAACACUCCACUCCUGCACGCACACAAGGGGCUCGUCUUUUCUCUGUGCGUCCCGAGCAGCGUUCCCGGGGCGGCGGCAUGGAAGCGCGUUUCACGCGCGGGAAAUCGGCGCUGCUGGAGCGUGCACUGGUGCGGCCACGCACCGAGGUGAGCCUGAGCGCCUUUGCCCUUCUCUUCUCCGAGCUGGUGCAGCACUGUCAGAGCCGCGUCUUUUCUGUGGCCGAGCUUCAGGCACGCCUGGCUGCCCUAGGCCGCCAGGUGGGCGCCCGAGUCCUGGAUGCCCUGGUAGCCCGGGAAAAGGGUGCCCGGCGUGAGACCAAAGUGCUGGGUGCGCUGUUGUUCGUCAAGGGUGCAGUGUGGAAGGCACUCUUCGGCAAGGAGGCCGACAAGCUGGAGCAGGCCAAUGACGACGCUCGCACUUUCUACAUCAUUGAGAGGGAGCCGCUCAUUAACACCUACAUCUCGGUCCCGAAGGAGAACAGCACACUCAACUGUGCCAGCUUCACGGCGGGCAUCGUGGAGGCUGUGCUCACACACAGUGGCUUCCCUGCCAAGGUUACAGCGCACUGGCACAAGGGGACCACACUCAUGAUCAAGUUUGAAGAGGCGGUUAUUGCCCGAGAUCGGGCCCUGGAGGGACGCUGACCCCACAGGAGAUAAAGGAUGAGCAGAUCCCGUUCCUAAGCUUGUGUUGUGUCUUGUGUAGGGGCGCCAGAUCUGCCCACACCCUGAUCCGGGUCCUGAGUCUCAGGCUGAGGGAGUCCAGAGGCAAGUGUGUCAGGCAUAGGUAGUGAUAAGUUGACAGUGGACUGACCUAGCUUCUGACUUUAAGAUGAGGUUGGAGGGUUGGGUGUACUGGGGAGAUGGGGCACCUGUGGAAUUAUCUUUGGGGCCUGUAGGCUGGAGAGAUGGGGACAGGGAUAUGAGGUUAAGAGGGACCAGGUCCUGGCAAACUGCCAGUGCUAUCACCCAGUUGGUCCAGUGCCUUGGGUUUGAUUCCUUAUGCCACAUAAACUGGGCAUAGUGGUGCAGAUUGUCUCAUCCCAGCACUAGGAAGGUAGAGGGAGAAGGAUCAGAAGUUCAAGACCAUCCUCCGCUACUUAGCAAGUUUGAGACCAGCUUUUGGCAGCACAGGACUCUUUCUUAAACAAGUUUCAGGCAGGGGGAUUUUCCCCUUGAAACUCACGUUUCCUUAAUCUACGUUUGCUCUUUUAAAAAAGUAGAUAAAGGAGAGGGCAUGGCCGUAUGACUAAAAUAUAUAUGGAGAGUGACUGUUCUCCCUUUAGACCUUUGCUGCUUCAGAGUGGCCUGUGGACCAUCAGCAUCAGCACCAAUAGCAUCAGUGUCUUUGUCCCACAUGCAGAAUCCCUGGUCCAUCCUAGACUUACUGGACCAACAUUUGUAUUCUAGCCCCAUUGCCACAGGUAUCCCUGGGUUGCUUAUUUUGAGAAGCAGAGCUUCAGAGCAUCAGAGUCACAUAGAGGAGUUUCUAAAACUCAGGUGGUCGGACCCUGCCCUUUCAGUCAGAUUCUGCAGUUUUGGGGUGUGCCUAAGAACUUGUUUCUGGUACAUUCUGGAGAGCUGCUGGGUGCCCCAGGGAUCCCACUGAGAACAAUGGCACACUGACCUCUUGAAAGGGGAAGAGCCAGAAUCGUCUGAGAAUUUAAAGGCUUUAAAGGUAAUAUAUAUAAUUGAGUUUUUCAAGAUAGGGUUUCUCUGUGUAAUAGUCCUGGCUGUCUUGGAACUCUUUGUAGAUCAGGCUGGCCUUGAACUCAGAGAUCCACCUACCUCUGCCGCCCAAGUACUGGGAUUAAAGGCGUGCACCACCACUACCUGGUUUAAGGUUAAAUAUUUUUAAUUUUUUUUCUGAGACAGGUUGCUGUCAGCCUAGGCUGGCUUUGAGUUUGCUACGUACCAGGAUGACCAUGAGUUCCCCACCCUUUUGACUCUAUCUAAGGUUGGGUGUUUAUCUUAGUGCCUCCUUAGAUUAUUACUGUUUUAGGUAGUCUCAACUAUGUUGUCCUGGCUGGCCUGGAACUCACUAUGUAGACCAGGCUGGCCUCAAACUCAGAGAUCUGCCUACCUCCCUAGUGCUGAGAUUAAAAGUUGUGCGCCACCA